AUGCUAGCUUGUAGUACGUUAAAUAAUUCUUCGCGGAAGCAGCAAAUUGAGUCUUGGGAAUCUUCUGAUACAAAUAAGGAGGUUGUAAUGCCUCGUCCUGCUGAACGGGUUAAGUUUCCCAUCGAUGUUCAAUUCCACGCGGCCUGUAGCAACUCAGAAUUGGACGAGGUGAAAGAUCUUCUAUCAAAAGGUGUUGACAUUAACGUUGCCAAUGCUGAUGGACUAACUGUUCUUCAUCAGGCAUGCAUCGAUAAUAACUACGAAGUUGCCCAAUUUUUACUAUCAAAUGGCGCAAACGUAAAUGUCCAGGACAAUGAGGGGUGGACACCGCUGCAUGCAUGUGCAUCCUGCUCCUACACUGAAUUAGCAAACGACCUCAUCUUUCAAACGUCUUCUUCAUUGGACCUGUGGCUUUUGGAACUCCAGUUUUCGAAUCUAUCUGCCUACCCUUCACGUCUUCCGGUUUGUCGCUCUCUCUGGUGCUUCCAGCCUAUCGAUUUGGUACUAUUGGAAAAUAAUUUGACUUACCUACCUGCCAAUCGCCUCCACUGUGACCUUUCGACUGUACCAUAUUCGCCAAAUCCUCUCACACGUCACGUGAAAAUUGUUCUGUGGCGUAAUUCCAUUCAGUCUAAGUUUCCUUCCUGCCUGAACAUCCAGGAACCUCAUAUGACCCCGGCGGGUAGAUACCUCUACACCCAGUUGCCCGAUUUCUCGCCAGCCAAUCAGGAGCGAGAAACCCUCUUGUGCCCUCGUGUCACACCCACCAUCGAGUCGGACACCUUCACGACCGAAUUCACUCCCAACUUACUUGUUUUCGUCUUGUCGCCUCCCGCUCUCCCUGCUUCUGUGUGCGGCGUCGUUGUUGUGCCGUCCCUCUCCCCCCUACCAGCCUUCCUUCUCGCUUUCUCUCACUCUCUCUCUCUCUCUGUGUGUGCGCACGUGGCUGCACUGCGUCGACCAAUCAGCGAGGCGCGCGCCCCUGCGCCCCGCAUCGAUUCGAAUGUGCGUGCAUGCGUGCGUGCGUGUUCGCGUCCAGAAAUAGGCAGCAUCCAAAAGAGGCGCCUAAUUGAUGCACGACUGCUCCUGGACAAGGGCGCAGACGCCAGCAUCGUGAGCUUCGAACUGGAGCUGCCGCUGGACGUGGCACAGGGUGCCGACAUGGUCUCCCUCCUCAAAGACUGGAUGCAGAACCACUCGAUCGAUGAGAAGGCUGCGCGCAGCGCCGAGGAGCAACUGAUGCUGCGGGACGCUCGUGAAUGGCUUGCCUCCGGCGAUUACCCGAAUGUGGUAGACCCACGAACGGGCGCGACCGCGUUGCACAUUGCGGCGGCAAAGGGCUAUUCCGAGGUGCUGGAGUUGCUUCUGAAGUUGCCCGACGUGGAGGUGGAUGCCACCGACGUCGACGGCUGGACACCGCUGCACGCCGCGGCCCACUGGGCCAAGGAGAAACCCCUUCGCCUAUUGGCUGCCGCGGGAGCGUCUUUUGACGCCAUCACACUCACGAAUCAGUCGAUUUACGACGUCGCCGACCGCAGCAUAACCAUGCUCCUGAGGCAGCUGCGUGAAGCACACCGAAACGAUCAACAACGCGCAGCAGACGAGAAGUCCUCCACGGUCGCGACGCGCGGAAAGCCUGACGAGGAAGAACGUCCAGAAAUGACAAAAGAAGAAGCUGGAGGCGGAGGUGAAGGAGAAGAUGAAAACGCCACCCCCGCAGCUCCGAAGUUGGCGAAGAUGGAGGAGAAGGCGGAGGAGGCGGUGGAGGAAGCCACUAGAAAGGAGCUGCCCCGAGCAGCGAAGGAAAAGCCAGAGGGUGGUAGACCGCACACCCCUCCCAAACCCUCUUCCCCACCGCCUGCCAUAAAAGCAGAAGACGAGCGCGAAGAUGAGGAGGAGGAGGAAGAUGAGGUAGAGGAAACAGCGGUUAAGCCGGAGUCAGAGGAACCCACAGUCUCGACGGAUCUUCCGGAGAAGGCGAAGGAGGUGGAGAAGGAAGAGACGGUGAAGCCAAUGGAAGCCUCAAAGAAGCCCGAACGAGAAUCACCCCCUCCACGGCAAACCCCCACAAAACCAGCCGAAUUGUCCCCCGCCCGGUCACCGCCACCUCCCUCACCACCCCCUGCGUCAGUUACCUCACCGUCGCCCACCUCAUCGAUCGCUGCGGCUCCAGGCAAACCGGAGCAGGUGUCAGAUCACAGCUCUGCGCCACCAUCACCACCUCUAGCAGCCAAUCCUGAGAACACAGCCACCGCCGUGGACACAUCCACCACACCCGCGUCCGCCCCUAGCCGCAGAAUCUCGGCUGUGCUGGCGCCGGCGCGGUCAGAGGAGACGGAGGCGCAGCGCAGCAGCAAGGCGCGGCUGGUGCGAUCGACGCGUCGCUCCACACAGGGCAUCUCCACGGACGUCCUCGAGGAGGCCCGACGCCUCAGCGCGGGCGUCGGCGCGGCCACCAGCGCCUCCACGCCCAACGCACCCAGCCCGACCCCCGCGCCGGUUCAGGUGAGUCCCGCUGGAGAGGGCUUUGUGGUUCCACGCCGUGGUCACUUGCUGUCGGUGCGACUGUCGUUGACAAGCUCACAUCCCCCUCUCACUCCUCCAAUCCCUCAUGUCAUCGACUUCCCUUUCUGUGUUGAUUUGCGCUCGAUGGGUCACCGGCCGCUGUCAUUGGAUGCUUCCACUCACCCCCCGGCCGUUCUGACCCUUUUUUUGUUGCCUGGUACAAAAAGGGGCUCAUUAAAUCGUCCAAUCACUGCAGGCCUGGUGGUGGUGUCUAGACCAAUCCUGCCUUCUGGAACGUCAACCUGGCUUGCGAGCGUCCUCGUUUUAAUUGGUCUGACGUGGAGGGUGACGCCGCCAACACGCACCUUUACGUCAAAGUUUACUCUGGGCCGGCUUACUCAACAACCCAAUCACUGGCUCACCUUCGAAUCGACACCCGAAAAGGCUUCUCGCGGCGCCAUUCCUCCCCCACCGACUAGUCCCAAACUAUCGAUUACCGUUCAGACGUCUGUUCGCCCGCUGUCAAAGGCAGUCCGGGAGGCGGCUGGCGGAUCUGAUGUCGAUGAUGCGGAAGCAAAACCCGCUACCCACGUUUCCAAGGCGACCAUACUCCCCACUCAACCGAGCUCCUCGUCUUCCACGGAUACCACUAAUUCAACAGCUGACUCGACUGCCUCCAUCAUCGCGCACUCGCGUGCACGUCGGGCGGCGCGCGACCGCGUUCCGACGGGCCGCCUGAACAGCAGCGACGUGCUUGCCGCGGCGAAGCAGCUCGAGCAGAACGCCAACUCGGCCACCGACGGCAACUCGGCCACCGACAGCAGCUCGGCCAGCACAAUCCCCCGCCCCACAACCCGCCUCCUCCUUCGUUCGACGAUCCUGAACACGACGCCCGCAAGCCCGGCCGCCGCCGCCACGGUAAACAACGGCGGCUGCGAGCACCAGCGGCCGUCUCCCGUGUCCCUCCAGUUCUCGCCGUCGCCCUCGGCCGGCACCGCGUCGUCUCGCAGUGCCCAACCCGCCGCCUCCGUGUCCUCCAAACCCGACCACCGAUACAAUUGGCGUGAUAAUCUCGAUUACCGCCGGUUGUACGAGGAGGAGCGCAGUGAGAAGGAGCGACUGAAGCGCACUCUGGACCAGGUGACGCGUGAUGUCAACGCCCUGCGCAGUGAGCUAGCCCGUCUACACACGUCGCCCAAUCACAGCGCGUCCUUGAACGCGCGAAUCAGCGCGGGUGGCGGCGACCACUCGCUGCAGUCGCAACGCCGUCCUGUGGAUUUCUUUGAGGACCAGGCCAAGGAGAUCGACCGGCUGCGCCAGGAGAACGCGAGGAUGGCGGACGAGAACAAGUCGUUGAUUCGGGUGAUUAGCAAACUCUCCGCAAGGACAACCUCCUGA